AUGAAACCGUGGGGAAGCGAAGAGCCCCUGGGCACUCCUCCAACACCUCGCCACCCAGCAGCAGCAGCAGCAGCAGCACCAGCAGCACCAGCAGCAGCAGCAGCAAGUCCAGCAGCAAGUCCAGCAGCAGCAGCAGCAGCUGGCACACAGCAGCAAAACCAAGCAAGAAGAAAUCCCCCCAAGUCCUCCGCUAGUCUCCCCUCGAGGCCUCAUCACCCCGAUGAUCAUCAUGACGACACUGCAGCAGCAGCAGGAGCAGCAGGAGCAGCAGCAGCAGCAGCAGCAGCGCCAGCAGCAGCAGCAGCAGGUCACCGGCGCAGAGCAGCACGCCCGGGGGGCCACUUCAGGCCCCCCCCCUCCUCCCCUCGGGCUCCUCUCGCUCGCUGCAACGCUUUAUAUAAACCCUGUAUAGUGAAUACAGAGAAGAGCAUGCAGCAGCUGCAGCCAAGCAGCAGCAGCAGCAGCAACAGCAGCAGCAGCAGCAGCAGCAGCAGCAGCACAGGAUAUAUCACCCCGAGGCUCACAAGCGUACCCACGUCACAGCACCUGCAGCAGCUGCAGCAUCCGCAGCAUCAACAACAACCUCUUCAUCAUCAUCCUCAGCAGCAGCAGCAGCAGCAGCAGCAGCAGCAGCAGCAGCAGCAGCAGCAGUCAGGCAGGCUCCGUUCGAAUGAGAGCGGAGGAGACGAUGAUCGCAGCAGCAGCACAAAGAAGGGGCAUCAAGCGAUAGCAGCAGCAGCAGCAGCAGCAGCAGGAGCAGCAGCAGCAGCAGGAUCUCGUCCUGUGUCUCGUCGUGGGUUUGUGAUGAAUAGGAACUGCCAAUACCAAGAUUUUCCUUUGAGUGUUCUCACGAACAACAAGACGGCAUUGCAUGUGCGGGACAGCAGCAGCAGCAGCUGCAGCAGCAACAGCAGCAGCAGCAGCAGCAGCAGCAGCAGCAGCAGCAGCAGCAGUUCUGCUGAUGAUUCUCUACCUGACGAAGUACCCGCAGAAGUAAUAGCAGAGAUGGGGGGAGAGUUUGAGGGUUUAUACACUGAGGAGGACGCAGCAGCAGCAGCAGCAGCACCAACAGCAGCAGCAGCAGCAGCAGCAGCAGCAGCAGCAGCAGCAGCAAAAGCAAGAAACAAAACAACAAUAAAAAGAGGAGACCUAGUACGAUCCAGCACAAAACACCUAACAGCUGUGAAGGGAGAAGAACAGCCCCUCAGCGAUUGGCUGCUCCCGGGCUACGAUAUUUAUGUUGUCUCUCUCCAAGAAACCCUCAGUAAACCCUAA